CAGAUACCUAUAGAGGGCGGUAACACUUCUUGGAUUGUCCUAACCUGCCGUAAAUAGUUCACACGAGAUGCUUGCGAGAUCCAGAUGCUUCUCUGGACCGACGCUACCGGUUGUAAACAAAGUCUAGUAAACCGGCGGUGAGCUGCUUUUGCAAGAUGGUUCUGCUACAUGUGAAGCGUGGAGAUGAAAGCCAGUUUCUUUUCAACACCACUGUGGACGCGCCUCUGGAAACGGUGAUCCAGCAAAUUACAGCCAUUUACAACGGGAGACUCAAAGUGGACAGAAUAUGUUCAGAGAUCCCAGAGCUGGCAGACCAUGGCAUCACACUGCCACCCAACAUGCAGGGGCUGACAGAGGAGCAGAUUGUGGAGCUGAAACUGAAGGAUGAAUGGGAAGACAAGUGUGUACCCAGCGGGGGGGCAGUAUUCAGGAAGGAUGAGAUUGGGAGGAGGAACGGACACGCUCCAAAUGAAAAAAUGAAAGAGAUGUUGAUGAGAACCGUGGAGGAGGCAAAGGCACUGAUCUCCAAAAAACAAGUUCAAGCUAACGUUUGUGUCACUAUGGAGAUGGUGAAGGAAGCCUUGGAUCCGCUAAGGGGGGCGGUCAUGAUCGUGUACCCCAUGGGGCUGCCUCCUCAUGACCCCAUCAGAAUGGAGUUUGAGGACUGUGAAGACCUUGCAGGAACACAGGCAUCUCUGCAGGUGAUCACAGAGGACGAGUGCCAGCUAUGGUGGGCUGCUAAAGAGAUGCAGAGGGGAAAAAAACUGCAGGACUACAUUGGCAAAAAUGAAAAGACAAAGCUUGUGGUAAAAAUCCAAAAGAAAGGGCAGGGGGCACCAGCGAGAGAGCCUCUGGUCACUGAUGAGCAGCAGAAACAGAUGAUGAUGCAUAUGUACAAGAGGCAGGAGGAACUCAAGAAGCUUGAGGAAGCAGAUGAUGAUAGCUACCUGGAAUCAGAGUGGACAGACAGACAGUCCCUCAGAAGACAGUUUCAAGGCCUCACCAACAUCAAAUGGGGACCAAGAUAAAGACCUCCACCACUUAGAUUCCUACCGUAAAGCUGCUGCCUUGACCUGGUCCUUCACAGCUCUAAAUGCAAAUGACUACAAUGCCUUAUCUUAAUUCUGAUAUUAGUUUACUGUCUGUGUUAUAUGAGGUCUUCUGGAGAAUAUAAACAGCAGACGGGUUCAUAUGCCUUGGAGUAGUAACUGGAUGAUGACACGUGGAGGCCGAUGCCAUGAAAAACCUGAUUUAUUUCAUCCUAAAUCAGAUCCAUGUAUUCAUUUACCGAUUGUUUUCACCCUGUUGUAAAGUUACAUCUUUAUUAAAGAUGUGCAAACAAUUACAUUUCAGUUUAAUCUAAA